ACUGUCAGAGACACACAUACAAAAUGUUGUUGCUACAAACAGAUAAAGUACAAAUGACCCACAUAACAAUACUAAAAUUACUGACCACAAUUAUCUUGGUCAGGGUGAAUGGAAUAAAUUGUGUGUUAUUUCCAAGAGGUGGAUCGUUUGGGUACUUAGCAGCCGUGGCCAUGCCUUUGGAUUUACCUAAUCGUAAUGUUUAUAUGGCUUUUAAUUUUGAAUCUAAUUAUGGUCUACCCUCCAAUGACUCCUAUAAUGAAUGGAUUGAUAGAUGGAACAUUGAUGAAGAAUUUGUGGGCAUUGGCAAUGAUGUGACCCCUAUUAAUAAUCGCAAAAAACGUUCUGAUUUCUUGCCUCAUUAUGAUCGUCGUCGCUCAUUCUAUCUACCGCUCGUUACGGGUUAUUUGGACCACUUUCAAAUGAAUGGCACUGCCUGUCUGCUGAGAACAAUUUGUGAAGUUUGCUCUAGCCUCCAUGAAAACAAUGGUGUCUUGGGCAGCAUUUUCAAGAUUUUAUUCAUGCCCACAACAUCCCAACCAGAAACAUCACCACUACAUCAUCAUAUAAACGACAUCAACCUCUAUCGUGCUGAAUGGCAAGGCAGACAGUAUUUGGCCAAUAACGAUGGUGAGGAACACAACGAAAAUGUUACUAAUGCUUGUAUGGAUUAUAUGGAUUGGUGUCCUGAAGGAGUUAUUAAUAUGAUUUCAAGUUGGUAUUAA